UUCGUCCGCCGUCGCCGAGCCGAGUCAUUCCACGUUCGGUAUUGAAGCUGUUCGCACGUCAGUCGUUCUCAACAGUGUACAUCGUUAUAUUUGUUAAUAAUAUUGACAUCUCGUGUUAAUUCAGUGUUAAAAAGCUGUGUUGUUUUGCCACCAUGUGUGAAAAAAGGACAAGGAAGAUAAAGAAAGGUUCUCACCUGAACCGCCUGCGUGAAGCGAGGCGCAUUCAGCGGAUGCAGAGACUGUCGUCACCGUCCACCAGUGAUGACAACACCACCGUGUCCGUGUCCCCGUGCCCACCGGCCGUCGACAAAAACGCCCAGAACAGGGUAAUCCUCGAGCUGGCCUGGAAGACUGUCGCCCUCAUGCACAAAAACAGGCUCAUCCAACAAAAGAUCAUCGCAUUGAAGAAGGAAACCUCAGAAUUCGUCGCCUCCAUCAUGAACAACCCUGAAAAUAGAAAACGUUACGUCGAACACAUCCGCAUGUACGGACCCACGGCGCAGGCGCAGACGCAGAAGCCAGACCACCCCCCACUACAACUAGAACCCAAGGUGUAAACGAUAACGGUGUCAAUCAACUCCGAUGACAUCGGCGUCUGUGAACGAAUGAGUGAGUGAAUGAGAGAUAUGUUUUGUUCAGUUCGGAAUGAAUGAUUGAAUGUUACUUAAAGCCUGUUGUUGAGUUAUUUAGCUUUUUGACUUACUUAUAGACCUUGUAUACAAGUAAGCUUUAUGUCAAUAUAAAUUGGCAUUUUAAUUGUGAUCAAAUUUAUUUAAGGGUCGUUGAAAUUCUUAAUUCCAUAGUUGUCGUAAACUCGUGAUGUUCCAAAUUAGAUACCUUGUUGUGUCCCUUCUAUUAUAGUAUUGAGUAUUUAAGAUAGCCAACAGUUGAAACUGUUUCCUCAUACUUAGUAUUGGUUUCAUGAUACCAGCAAUAAAUAAAUAAAUGCAGUGUCUUAAGUAAAAAUGUUGUGGCUAAUAAUAACUUCUUGUUGUUAUAGAAGUAAGCUUUGAAGAGGUUGUAAGUAAGAGGCUGUUAAGAUAUAAGGUAGACAUCUUCGUACCACUGUGAUUCGGUUCAACAUCGGCCGCUAGGGAAUAACAAAAUGGCGUACUAUUUACGCGAGACCGGUGAGCUAGGGUAAAUGGUAUUGUUAAGAGUUAGACUUUAAUGUAGUACCUUGUUUCCAAUUAUACAUAUUUGGUAUUUCAAACUUAAUGGGAAUUGAAAUUUGCGCUGACUAGAUGGCGCCUCUGUCGAAUAAAGUCCUGUCAGAAUAAUUGCUUAUAAAAAGCUUACUGUGAUGACACCAUUGGCGAACUUAGUUGAGCGUGAAGACCCCAUUGAAAAUGUUAGUGUUUUGGGCAUUGUUUCGAUUAGUGAAGCACAAAAUUAACAAAAAUGUAUUAAUUUGUAAAAAAAACUUUAAAUUAUUGUUAAACUGCCAGUAGGUUUACUUUAUUAUUAGGUUUUUCUUUCAAAAACAUGGUACGAAGAACUCGAAAGAAAGGUUUUCAAAUUAAUACUCCUAGCACUUAAUUUAAGUUAGUUUAUGUAAUUAUUUUAGUUUUAAACAAUUUCUACAAUAACAUCUUUGUACCUAUUUGUUAAGUCGACACUUUUUAUUGAACCAAGAAUCUAAAAAUGUAACUUGAGAAGUUCAUGCAUUAGGAAUGUAUCAUCAUUUUGCCCGAAUUGUUAUGACAGCUCAUUAUUUUAGGUUAUACUUGUGUUAUUACGUUCUAGUAAUCAAAAACCACCGAUUGUGGGUGUCACUUGUGUGAAAGAACACUAAUCUCAAAAUCACCUUUAAUUUGAGCUUCUCAAUGUGACUUACAACAUGGUUUUGAAGAGAGACUGUCGCACUCAGAGUCAUUAAUUAAUAAUUACUUAAACUAUUUCUUUUUUUAUCGAAAACAAUUUCUGAGGACUGGACUGGGUUAAGCAACCAUUAAAUGACUCUGAGUACGACUGAGAGUGUGCCUUCGAGGUCAUUAUCCUUUGAGAAAUUUAUAGCCACAUCAUGCUAGCUCAGACUGUUGCUUGACAAAGUUUGGGGGAGCUUGAUGUGAUCUAUGUACAAAAUAGAUGCCCGUUUACCAUUUACAGAAAUACUUGGUCCAAUGAACAGUUCAGAUCAAGACUUACCUUAGAAUUGCAUUUAAUAGAAAUUAGUAUCAAGAUUGCACAGAUCUACCAAUCACUGUGUUCAUUAUAAAUGUACGUAUCGAUACUGGUUGCAGUAUGUUUAUCACAAAAAUACAUUAAUUACUAUAAGAAGUAUUAAACACGAAAUCUUUUUUUAUCUUUGUAUAAUUUGUUGAUUCGUUUUUGUAAGGUAGAAGUAGGUAAGGGUUCAAAAUUACAGGGAGUGCGAAAUUCUAAAACGCGAAUCCUUUCAUGAGAUAAGUAUUAAACGACUAAAAUUAAGUUGUUAUUGUAUAAUUUAUUGCACAAGGCUCCCUACGUGUAUGUUUAAUGUACCUACGCUUAAAAAUCUUGGCUUUUUUGUGGUUAUUUAGAUCAUAAGUCAAAUUUGAAAAAUACACUAGUCUUUCGAA